AUGCCGGGGGACCGCGCCCGGGGCCCCACCGCCGGGGCCGGGCGACUGCGGCUGGCGCGCCUGGCGCUGGUGCUACUAGGCUGGGUGUCUGCGUGGUCGCCGGCCGCCCCGGCGUCGGUGCCCGCGGCCUCCCCGCCGCCGUCGGCCUCCCCGCCACCGUCAGCCUCUCCGCCGCCGUCGGCCUCUGCGCCGCCAUCGGUGCCCGCGGCCGCCUCCCCGUCGCCGCGGGCCGCCCGCUGCCCCCCGCCCUGUGAGUGCUCGGAGGCGGCGCGCACCGUCAAGUGCGUGAACCGCAACCUGACUGAGGUUCCCGCCGAACUGCCCGCCUACGUGCGCACGCUCUUCCUCACUGGGAACCGCCUGGAGGAGCUGCCCGCCGGCGCCUUCGCCCGCCGGCCGCCGCUGGCCGAGCUGGCAGCGCUCAACCUCAGCGCCAGCCGCCUGCACACGGUGCGCGCCGGCGCCUUCCAGCCCCUACCGGGCCUGCGGCAGCUCGACCUCAGCCACAACCCCUUGAGCGACCUCAGCCCGCUGGCCUUCGCGGGGGGCGACGCGGGCGCCCGCGACCCGGCGCCCCUGGAGGAGCUGAUCCUGAGCCACGUGGCGCCCCCGGCCGACGCGCGCCACAACCGCAGCCUGGAGCGCAUGCUGGGCGCGGCGCUGCGCGCGGGCCGGGCGCUGCGCGGCCUGCGCCGCCUAGAGCUGGCGGGCAACCGCCUGCUGCACCUGCCCCGGGACCUGGGCGCGCUGCUGCCUGGCCUGCGCCACCUGGACCUGCGCAACAACUCGCUGGUGAGCCUGGGCGCCGGCGCCCUGCGCAACCUGAGCCUGCUGGAGAGCCUGCACCUGGAGGACAAUGCGCUGAAGGUCCUGCACAAUGCCACGCUGGCCGAGCUGCGCGGCCUGGCCCGCCUCACCCUCUUCCUGGACGACAACCCCUGGGUGUGCGACUGCCACAUGGUGGACAUGGUGGCCUGGCUCCAGGAGACCGAGGCGGUGCGCGGCAAGGCCCGGCUCCGCUGUGCGUUCCCGGAGAAGAUGCGGGAUCGCCGCCUCCUGGAGCUCGACGGCGCCGACCUGGACUGCGACCCCAUCUUGCCGCCCUCCCUGCAGACAUCCUACGUCUUCCUGGGCAUCGUGCUGGCCCUCAUCGGCGCCAUCUUCCUCCUAGUCUUGUACUUGAACCGCAAGGGGAUUAAAAAGUGGGUGCACAACAUCCGGGACGCGUGCAGGGACCACAUGGAAGGCUACCACUACCGCUACGAGGUCAGCGCCGACCCCCGGCUCACCAACCUCAGCUCCAAUUCAGACGUGUGAGCGCCGUCCCCCCAGGGCGCGCGGGAAGGACCGACGGACGGACGGACGGACA